AUGCCGUCUAAGGAUGAUAAAUACACGGAUCCUGAGCUGAGGAACGAGGUUAAAGAAGAGAUUCAGGCGAGUGAUAAGGGUGGUGCACCAGGUCAAUGGUCGGCGCGGAAGGCCCAGAUGAUGGCUUCUGAAUACAAGAAGCGCGGAGGCGGCUAUACGACCGACAAGAAAGAUGACAAGGCAAAGCACCUUGACAAUUGGACGAAGGAAGAGUGGCAGACUAAAGAGGGGAGCGGCAGCGCUAAACAGGAAGAUGGUACUGAGAAGCGAUAUUUGCCGAAGAAGGCAUGGGAGCAGAUGAGCGACAAGGAGAAGAAAGAAACGGACGAGAAGAAGCAAGAGGCAAGCAAGGAGGGCAAGCAAUAUGUUGCCAACACUUCGAAGGCGAAGAGCGCAAGAAAGGAGGCGAGCAUAGACGGUGAAGACGCAGAAGCGGAGCCAAAACGCCAAAACGAUAGGAAGGAUGCCAAAGACUGCAUUCACCACUGGGAAGACGAACAGCAUAUGAAAAUUGGUCAGAAGGCGUACCAAGACUUCAAGAAACAGAAUGGACACAACGAGGCUGCAUCGGAGGAAGGCCAAGCUCAUUCGGGCUCGGCGCAUAGUGAUGAUCAAGAGCAUCCGACUCCCAAGAAACGCGGAAGCGGGGCGAACGCAUCAGGAUCCAAUAAGAAACCGAAGAAGGGCGGGAGCUCGAGUGAGCCAAACGGCACAGCAGGCGACAAGACCCGUGUGCCGAAAGUAGGCCAGAAAGUGCAAUGGAAAGCCCUCCCAGGUUUAAUCGACGGGGAAGUAGUUGAGGUCGUGUAUGAAGAGAAGACGGUCGAAGGGAAGCCAGUCAAGGGCAGCAAAGAAGACCCGCGCAUCGUGCUCAAGAGCAGCUCGUCUGGGAAGAUAGCCGUUCAUAAGCCGGAAGCUGUGCACUUCGACUAG